CUACUUAUGUGACAGCAAAAUUUGAUGAAAUGCACCCCCGGCGCAGUGCCCAGUACGUCCUACUGUGUGACCUCUGUGAAACUGUCCACAUACAGAGUUACUGUGAAUAUUGUAAUACAUAUUUUUGUAUGAACUGUGUUGGUAAACAUCUCUCAGAUUCCUCUAAAAAAAACACAAUGCCAUGCCCUAUGAACAACGACAGUUUACUCCUGACUACCCAAAAUGUCCGAAACACACUGAAAAACAUUGUGAGCUAUUCUGUGAGAAAUGUGACGUUCCUGUCUGUUCUACCUGCGUUUCAAAUAAUCAUAGAGGACACAAUUUAUGCGAUGUUAAAAAAAAUUAUCAACUCUAAAGCAAAAGAUAUACAAAAAGAUUUGGAAGAACUAGAGACCAGAAUUUACCCCCGAUAUCAAGAAAUGGUCUCCGAUGUCCAAACUAUGAAAAUGCAAUUAGAAACGAAUUGCAGGAAAAUGACAAGAGCUGACGACCAACGAGGAGACCGAAAUCGUAAAUAUGAUAUUCAGGAGAUCAAAAACAAAUCCAUGGCUAUCUUAGAAGAACAUACAGAUGAAAUAUCACACAAAAUUACAAAGCUCAGACAGAUCAUUCAGGACCUGAAGAAAAUGCUGGACUCCAAUGACAUCUUCUUAACUUCUACUUACAAAUCUAGGAAUUCUGAAUUCAGAACAUUACCUCCUAAAGUCCGAAUUACAUCACCGAAUUUCUCUUCUCAGAAAAUAAACAAAGAUCAGCUCAAUGAAAUGUUCGGUUCUCUGUCGCCAUUAUCCAUUAACACAGAAGAACAUAACAACACGAUGAAGCCCCAAAAUUAUACACCAGCUAUCCCAAUCGAAGAAAGAUUUCCUAUGCCUCAACUCAUAACCACCAUAGACACUGAUUAUAGCCCACUCUACAGUGUUACCUGUCUCAGUGAUAUAGAAAUUUGGAUACAUGGAUAUGAUGAUACCAUGAAGCUCGUUAACCUCCAUGGCAAACUGCUAAAGACAAUCCAAACCGUUUCAGGGAACGCGCCUCAGGACAUAACAUUGAAGCUGGACGGAAAGCUUGUUUAUACAGACCAUGAAGCAAGAACUAUAAAUAUAAUGAGGAACGAACAAAUGCAAACCAUGAUCAAAUUACAGGAGUGGGUACCUCUCUAUGUCUGCAGUACCUCUUCUGAUGACCUCCUGGUUACCAUGGUCAGUGAUAAUGUCACACAAUCCAAAGUUGUCCGUUACUCGGGCUUCAAUGAGACACAAACCAUUCAGUUUGAUGACCGGGAUCGUCCUCUCUAUUCAUAUGGUUACCUGAAAUAUAUCAGUGAGAACAGGAACCUGGAUAUCUGUGUGGCUGACAAUGCAGCUAAAUCAGUAGUGGUGGUCAAUCAGUCAGGAAAACUCCGAUUUAGAUACACUGGUCAUCCCUCUAAUACCAAGCAAUCAUUUGAUCCAGUCGGUAUCACUACAGACAGCCAGAGUCACAUCCUGACAGCAGACCAUAACAAUGACCGAAUCCACAUCCUAGAUCAGGACGGACAGUUCCUCCACUACAUUGAUAAUUGUGGUUUAGAUUGGCCAUGCAGUUUAUGUGUAGACACUAGAGACAACCUAUUUGUGGUUGGCAAUGAAAAUAAAGUGAAGAAAAUCCAAUAUACAUCCCUACCUUAACUUCUAAGGUUCUUCGACAAAAUUUCGAGAAAUUUGAGAGUUCGAGAUAACCGAAUACAUCUUCCGAUUCGUUUCAGUGAUUUUUUCCUAUGUUUGUAAACGUUUAUUACACAGAACUAAAGAACAAUAUGUACAUGAAUACCUAAUAAUGGUGCCAUUAAUAUGUGGGUGAUGACUGAACUAAAGUGGUAAAUAAAUUCAAAGAAAAAAA